GCGCAAUUGGCGGCAUUAGACGACACUGGCGCACCGGCCACUUGACAACACUGCAUGUGUGCAAAGAAGAAGCAGCAGAGACCAACCAAGCUACGGAAAAUGUGUUUGUAACAUUUAAAAGCAUACAAACUUUAAGUAAACGUUUUUAUGUUACAAAUAAAUAGCAUUCGUGCCACUGUCGCAGCAGCGUAUCCAAAACACUUGGCUCAGUCUCGGAAACAACAGCAAGAACAGCAACACCAGCAACAACAAUAGCAGCAGCAGCUGCAGCACAACAGCCAAUAACAUUUCUGAUUUUACAGCGAGAAAGAGAGAGCGAGAGCUAGCUGAGAUAUGUCGCAUACGAUUCUGUUAGUUCAGCCGGGCGCUCGUCCGGUGACGCGAACAUAUUGCGAUUACGAGAGCGUCAACGAGUGCAUGGAGGGCGUGUGCAAGAUUUACGAGGAGCAUUUGAAGAGGCGCAAUCCGAACACACCAACGAUCACGUAUGAUAUCAGUCAGCUGUUUGAUUUCAUCGAUACGCUCAUGGAUAUUAGCUGCUUGGUCUAUCAGAAGAGCACCAACACAUAUGCGCCCUACAACAAGGACUGGAUCAAGGAGAAGAUUUAUGUUCUCCUGCGCCAGGCGGCCUUCAGUCCAAAUGCCUAAAAAACCCCCUAAUUAAAACCCUUACCAAAUAUCAAAAACAAAAAAAAAAAAACAAAACAACACCAGAAGCAGCAGCAACAAAACAAAACCCAAAAUAAUUGUUACUAAUACUAACGAAAGAGCGAGACAGCGAGAGAGAGAGGGAAGAGAAGAGAAGAGAGCAGGCGGUCAUUGAUUAAUUUUGUACAAAUUAAUUAAGCUUGCUGCUGCCACAUUCUAGCAAAUCAGCUAAGGAUCAUCUAACUCGAAAUGCAUGAAGCAUGUGGUUUUUUUUUUUUUUACUUUUACAUUAGUGUUUUCCUUAUGGAAAAAGCGACUGUAUUUGUUUUGUAGGCGUUCGAAUGAUCCACAAAACGAGAAAUGAAAACAUCAUUUUUUUGUAUUUAACGAUAAUAAUAAUAAUGUAUGUAUAUAUAU